AUAAAAACAAUUGGUCGUUUUGUAUGGUAAAAUAAAAUAUUCUUCAACGGAAUUAAUUUAAAUUCUUUCCACAUCAUUUUGCCUGAUACUCACACACGAUAGCGUGGAUGACUAGCUUUGUUGACGAAAUACGUUGGAACAUUCUAAAAUACUGCUAGCUAAAAGCAAAACAUAAGCACACCCCUCCCGCAGACAACCAGCACGCGCACAAACGUCAACGAGUCCGUUAUUUUGGCUCGCAAAAAGCAGCUGUCACUGUUCUUUGUUUACGCUUUUUUCAUUAGACCGUUUGUGUGCGCCUCUUCCGCGUAGCAGUGCGUCCAUCUCGAUCAAAUUUCGGACCACAAAUGAAGCACUAGCACACUGUUUUCACUUACUUUUCCCGCCCAGCAUGGAGGAAUCAAACGAUGAGCUGACGGAAGAAUCGGACGAAACGCUCAACGAAGAUUCGGGCCGUUCGCUAUCCCCGACGGAAUUCGCAGAGCAAUCGGCAGAGUUCAAUUUUGACGAUGCUUCCAGCCAACGAUCGGUAAAUGUGCUCGAUAACCCGGUGGUACAUAUGGAGGUGGAGUUGGGGCGCAUACAGCAGGGCAUGCUAUCGCCGGUCAUAUUGCUUAACAACGUAAACAACCUACCGGAAGUGCAGGCCACGGUUGAGAUCCGCACGGAGGACGGUGGGAAUGGCGACGAGGAGGAGGAGGAGGAGGAUACGGAAUCCAUCCCACUCGGAUCGAACCCGGGUGCGGAGGUGGAUCGACAGCCAUCGAACAACGUGCCGGAAGUGCAGGCGACCAUCGAAGUCCGAACAGAGGAUGGCAAUGAUGAUGAGGACACGGAACCGAUCCCGUUGGGAUCUGCUCCGAGCGGAGGUUCGAGCCAAGCUACGCUCGGUGGUGACCGUAUAAACGAAGGGCAGGACGUGGAAGAAGUGGAAGUGAUCGUGCAACGACCAUCCGGUGCGGAUGCGGAUCAACCCGUUGUUCUAUCGGACAGUUCACCAAACCGUUCCGGCGAUAUGUUUACACCACGGCGAAAAAAACGGAAAAGAAAUGCAACCUCACCGGUACAGAUCGCCAGCACGCCAGCCCACAAGAAGGAGGAAGACGAGGAAGGACUCCUGUGUUCGAUCUGCCUGGACGAAUGGACGCUAACGGGCGAACAUCGGGUGGUGUCGCUAAAGUGUGGCCACCUCUUCGGUAUGUCGUGUAUCAAGCGCUGGAUGCAGGACAAACCGGCCGCUAGUCGCAGCUGCGCCACGUGCAAAGCUCGCGCCACGAUGCGUGACAUACGCUUCAUCUACGCGCGCUGCGUCAAGGCGGUGGACAAUACGCGCGAGGAAGAGUUGCUGCAGGAGCUGAGCCGCGAAAAGCUGAAAGUGAUCGACCUCAACAUAAAACUUUCGAUGGUAAACGCGGAACUGGCACAGCAGCGCCAGAUGGUUCAAAUUCUGAAGCUAAAGAUCGAUGCCAACAGUCGUGCCGAUCCGUACGGUGAUAAGCGGCUCGAUUCGCAGGCCGAACGGCGCGUUAGUUACAAACUGUUUUUGGAGAAGAACAUGGAGAUUACGCGCGAACCGGGCUGCCGAGCGUUGGCCUACUCGGACAAACAUCAGAUGUUGCUCAUAUCGCAGAAAUCCACCCAGCCACUGUUUCCCGGCUAUUCCAUCCGGAUGGUGCAGGUGCCCGAAUUUACGGCUAGUGCCGGUGCCGCUUCCAUGCUGGUAUCGUCCCGUUCCGUGCGUGACAUAGCGAUCGACGCAUCGGGCGAUCUGUUCGCGUGUGCAACGAUGGAGAAGAGCGUGAAGGUGUUUUCCAUCCAGAACCGUACCGUACAGUGCACGAUCACGCCGAACCAGGAAGGUCCGCUGUGGUCCUGUGCGUUCGACAAGGAACGGUCGAAGUUUCUCUACCUCGGGUCGCAGCGUGGUUCGGUGUACGUGUACGACAUUCGGCAGCCGGAUCAGCUGCUGGAAGAGUUCCGUGUCGGGCACGUGCAGCAGGACUUUACGGCGGUUGUGAAAAUCUGCCCCGUAGAACCCACGUCAACGAUCCCGUGCGGUGGGUUUCUCGUGUGCAAACUGAAAUCCGUCUGGUUCUACGAGUACACGCCCACCCAGCAGGUGGAAAGCCAUUUGCUUAACAUCACCGGUGCGUUUACCGCCAUGAGCUACAACCCGGCCAGCGGACUCAUCCUGAUCAGCGUACGGCCAACGGUCGACAAACCAACCACGAUGGUGCUGGCCUCGCUCGAGAAGCUGGACGGUGUGUUCGCACUCAAGACGCAGCACACGUUCGAAGGAUCGCGCGUCCAAACGGUCAUGUACCGGAGUGCCCAGGUGUACCUGAACGAUGCGGACACGCUGGUGGCGUCGUACCUGGAGGACGCGAAAAUGCUUUCCACCUGGUGCACCAACAGUGGCCGCCGAUGGUUGCAGCAGUUACCGAUGAGCGAAGGUAUCCUCGAUAUCUGCCCGAUACUGACGGCCACCCCGGGACGGACGUAUCUGGCCGCACUAAGCGAAUGUCGGUGCCGCAUUUACCGUCUGAAUAGUGAGUGAGACUGAGGCAGUGCGCGAGCGUGCGUGCGUGUGUGUGUAUGUAUGUACAUUUGAAUAGGGAACGAAAACGGGUGGACAGAAAUUCCGAAACGGUGUCAUCCGGCGCCGGCAACUGCCAUUUUGUAUUUUGGGGGACAACAUUUUGAUUGUUUGAAGCUAGGCGCGAUUGAUUUACGAUUUUACCUCUCAAUAAAAUGGAACCAUGUGUUAGUUUAAGGAUAAGGAAAACGAAGAACAACAAA